UGUGAGCAUGCCAGUGUGUGGACAAGGAGAUGGGGGCAGCUGAGUUAGAGUUCCAACUCUUGGACUCCAUUUGCUAUUCUCUUCUUUCUCCCCUACACCUAUCUGGUGGUAGUGGGCAUUUAUAUUUGUGUUUCUUUUCAUUCCUUUCUAAAUAGCUUAAAAAUGUUGGGUUGGGGGUAGUGGGAAAGGCAGGAAAGGGAAAGGAAGGAGAGUAGUAGCUGAAGAGCAAGAAGAGGAUAUAGAGAUGAAGAAGAUUAACUGGAGUUAAGGAAGAGAGCACUGGACAAGGUGACAGAGUUAGUCCUUGAUAAUUGCCUGUGUGUCAAUGGGGAAAUUGAAUGCCUGAAUGAUACUUGUAAAGAACUAGAAUUUCUGAGUAUGGCUAAUGUGGGACUAAAUUCACUGGCCUGGCUUCCCAGCUUAAAUAAAUGUCAAAAAUUGGAGCUUAGUGACAAUAUAAUUUCUGGAGGCUUGGAAGUUCUCACAGAGAAAUGUCCAAAUCUUACCUACCUCAAUCUGAGUGGAAACAUAAUAAAAGAUCUCAGUAGAGUAGAAGUUCUACAAAAUCUUAAAAAUUUGAAAAGUUUUGACCUGUUUAACUGUGAUAUCACAAACCUGGAAGAUUAUAGAGAAAGCAUUUUUGAACUGUUGUAGCAAAUCACAUACUUAGAUGGAUUUGAUCAGGAGGAUAAUGAAGCACCAGACUCUGAAGAGGAGGAUGAUGAGGAUGGAGAUGAAGAUGACAAAGUGGAAGAGGAAAAUGAAGCUGGUCCACUUGAAGGAUAUGUUGAAGAAGAGGAAGAGGAAGAGGAUGAGGAUGAAGCUGAAGCAGGUUCAAAGUUGGGAGAGGGAGAAGCAGAAGUGGGCCUCUCAUACUUAAUGAAAGAAGAAAUUCAUGAUGAAGAAGAUGAUGAUGACUAUGUUGAAGAAGGGGAAGAAGAGGAAGAAGGUCUUCAAGGGGAGAAAAGGAAAGCAGAUGUUGAAGAUGAUGAAAAGGAGGAAGAUGACUAGAUCAUUCU